UUCAGCUCUGGCGCAGGACUUACAGCCCUGGUCAUUCUGUUCCGGCUCAUGCUGCUCUGCCCAGCUACAUUUAGCGUUUUUAAACCGUGUUGUAAGCGUUUGUGGGGAUCCAGAUGCCUUACUGUGGCGAUGUUGCAGCAUCAUCAUGCGUCCAGCGGUCAGACCUCUCUGCUCGUAGCCACAUGAAGACACUCGGAUAAUAUAAUUAUAACGUGUAUUUCUGGAAUAAGAGAGACGAAACGGGGAGGGAGCGACUAAUCGACCCGUCUGCAGGUAUACCGGUGUAAAAUGGAGGAUAGUUUUGAUUGUGACUGCGGUGAGCUGGAGCCGCCUGAUCAUUGAGAAGGAAGUGUCUUGUUGAGAACAUCAAACAUUUCAAUUUCCCGUCAUCAGGCAUUUUAUAAAGGAACAAGGAAAAAUUGUACAUUUGUCACCAUUUACUAGGACCGUUAAUAAUAAUAAUGCUGCUCAGGGCCAGUCGUACACUGAAAAUUUCUUCACUGUGACAAUGGUUUUAUAUGUAGUGACUUCAGUUAUUUCAGUUUCGUUCGGAGAGAUUUGAUUGGCCACCAAAUUCAUUCCGUUACGCCCUAUUAGACAUUAAAAUAAAUCAAAUUCCCAUUUUAAGUAAAAUUCACAAUCUUGAAAAAGCUGCUGGAAGUGUUGUGGAUGAUGACCACAUAUCUUGGCAACAUAUCCUUAUCAGUUCCUGUCUCUCAGUAUACGCUGUAACAGUAGGUCAGGGGGAAAACGCUCAAGUCUUACUAGGCUUGGGUGUUGUUUAAGUUAACUUUUCUCUUGAAACUUCAGAUUGGCUGCAUAUCAGUUUAAAUCAGAAAUACUUCCUGCUAUAAUAUCUGCACAGAGCUGCUCUUCUAGAUCGCAGAAUGGCAGAGAAAUUUGAAAGCCUUAUGAACAUUCACGGCUUCGAUCUGGGGCCUCGCUACAUGGACCUGAAGCCACUUGGCUAUGGGGGCAACGGCUUGGUGUUUUCCGCUGUUGAUACCGAUUGUGACAAGAGGGUUGCUGUGAAAAAGAUUGUCUUGACUGACCCACAGAGUGUCAAACAUGCAUUGCGCGAAAUCAAAAUCAUCCGCAGGCUUGAUCAUGACAACAUCGUGAAGGUGUUUGAAACUCUGGGGCCCAGUGGCCGGAGGCUCACGGAGGACGUGAGCUCUCUGACAGAGGUCAAUUCAGUGUACAUCGUCCAGGAGUACAUGGAAACUGACCUCUGUAAAGUACUGGAACAAGGCUUGUUGUCUGAGGAUCACGCACGGCUGUUCAUGUACCAACUGCUCCGGGGACUCAAAUACAUCCACUCGGCAAAUGUGCUUCAUCGUGACCUGAAGCCUGCCAACCUCUUUGUCAACACUGAGGACUUGGUACUAAAAAUUGGAGACUUUGGACUCGCCCGGAUCAUGGAUCCCCACUAUUCCCAUAAGGGCCAUCUGUCUGAGGGGCUGGUCACUAAAUGGUAUCGUUCUCCUCGUCUGCUCCUUUCCCCCAAUAACUACACCAAAGCCAUUGACAUGUGGGCUGCUGGGUGCAUCUUUGCCGAGAUGCUGACUGGGAAAACACUCUUUGCAGGAGCUCACGAGUUGGAACAGAUGCAGCUGAUUCUGGAAUCCAUUCCCGUAGUCCAUGAGGAAGAUCGACUGGAGCUCCAAAGCGUUAUACCAGUCUUCAUCAAGAACGACAUGUCAGAACCACACACGCCCCUCGCCAAGUUGCUACUUGGUGUCAGCCCUGAGGCCUUGGAUUUCCUGGAAAAGAUCUUGACAUUUAACCCAAUGGACCGUCUCACUGCAGAAGAGGCUCUUGCUCAUCCAUACAUGAGCGACUAUUCAUUCCCUCUAGAUGAACCAGUGUCCUUACACCCCUUCCACAUUGAGGAUGAGGUGGAUGACAUCCUUCUCAUGGACGAGAGCCACAGUCAUGUCUACAACUGGGACAGGUAUCAUGAAAGUCAAUUCUCUGAUCAGGACUGGCACCUGCACAGCACCCAUGAGCUGGAAGAUGUGCAGCGUGAUCCUCGAGCUAUGUCAGAUGUGACUGAUGAGGAGGAGGUCCAGAUCGACCCCCGGAAAUACAUGGAUGGAGAUUGCGAGAAGUUCCUCGAAGAUCCAUCAUUCGACCUCCCACCAGAGCACCUGUGGGAGCAGGAAGAUCACCAUGAGAACAAGUACUGUGACCAGGAGUGCAGCUACACAUGCAACUAUAAAGCUGUAUCCCCAUCCUACCUGGACAAUUUGAUCUGGAGGGACAGCGAGGUGAACCACUACUACGAGCCCAAACUCAUCAUCGACCUCUCCAACUGGAAAGAGCAACAGAGCAAAGAGAAGAUUGACAAAAAGGGCAAGAGCAAGUGUGAGAAGAACGGACUGGUCAAGGCUCAGAUCGCCCUGAAGGAGGCAUCUCAGAACCACAUCGUGCCCGAGAAGGAUCGUGAUCAGGAAAAACACCAGAAUCACAACCAGGGCUUUGACUUCGACUCGUUUAUCGCCAGCACCAUCAAACUGAGCCUGCAACCGGAAUCCGGUGACGUUGACCUUCUGAACGAGUUGAACACCUCCGUUUCACAGCUGGACACUCGCACUCCUUGUGGCUCCAUGUCCAAAUCCAUCAGUCAGGAAAAAGAAGAGAAGUGCCUAGUCAACCUGGCACAGCUCGGCGUCCGGGCUCCGUGCCCCUGGGAGAGUUUCACGGACUGUGGUGUUGCCGAGAGCAGCCUUUUUGACCAGGCUUGCUGGGACGUCCGUAAAGACGAGCAGCUGCAAAAGGAAAACAGCAGCUGCCAGAGUAGUUACCUGGACCGUCUUUUCAGCAAGCGUGAUGAUGUGGAGCCCGAGAUUCUCGAGCCUGUUGAGGUGGUGUCCACCCCAGAGAGUGACUUCAUAUCCUGCGGCGGAGAGAUUGUCUUUAACAUGCAACUGGAAUCUCUGGCCAUUCCAGGGUUCGAGGGAGCGGCUGACAUUCCUCUGAAGUCCAUCCAGGCCACGUUAACGCCCUCCGCUGUUAAACACUCCCCACAAAUCGCCCAUAAGACCUACAGCAGCAUUUUCAAGCAUUUAAAUUGAAAGAUUCACUCAAUUCAAGCAGAGUCCAGCUUAUUUUUUUAUAGUAUUUCUGUACUUGAAUCAUUUCUUAUCUUUUUACAUAUGGUAACUUUUUAAGGAAACGUUGUUUCUUUUAUUUUCUUUCUUUCUCUCGUUCCUUUUUUAAUUUGUGGGUUAAAUGUAAAUUUAUUCAGUUUGUAAAUUCAUCCAAAGUGCUGGACUGUGUUCCUAUUCAUGAAAUGUUUUGCCCUCUGAUUUUCAUUUUCAACUCUGAUAUUAUAUACAUAUAUCUAUAUAAAAAGAAACUAACGGCAUGACAUUUGCACACAGUGUACUGUAGAUUCAGAAUCCUGUUAGGGAAAGUCAGAGGAACGACUGUUAAGUAGAGAAACAAAUGGUUUAUUCAUUGCAAGGAAAGAAAGAGGGCGGAAUAAUGCACUUAUCGUGUGGGAGACGUCGCCACUGACAUCAUAUUGUGACCUUCUGACUGACAGCCAAUAGGAAAGACACAACGGAGUGUCUUGGCCUUUCUCUUCCUGUUGUUGUUUUUUUAAAGGCUCAUGUAUUUAUUUGAACUUUUUCCAUCUCGUUUCCAUUUAAAAGUGAAGCCUUCUGUCAUUUUGUUUAUACUGUAAACUUCCUCAAACUUAAUGCCAGCACAGUAAGCGUUGACCGUUGGUUUGCGAUACGUUAACUGUAGGUUCGUAAAGGCGUUAUCUACCUCAAGGUAACAGCAGAAGGUUUUGUCUCCCAUAUGUAGUGCUUUUAAAGAAACACUCAGCCUCUCGUCGAAGUAGUGCACAUCAACUUCUAUUUUUCAUUUGCCAUAGUGAAGUGUUAAGAUCAUUAUUUAUUUUUAGCAGAUGUGAGAUAUUUAUUUUAAGAACGUUGUAAUUUUUCAAUGUAAGGCAUUAGACUUCCAUUUUAGUCUGUUUUGGCACUCUGUGUUUAAGCCGUGGAUGAUCACUCAUCUGAGUUUGAGUUGUACAGAAAUUCCCAAGUUCCAGCGUUCAUUUUCAUAAGGAUUCACCAUGAGGUUUUAUUUUUUACUUGUAGGUGCUUUCUAUGAGUGAAAUGCUGCUUUACAGCAUUUCGUUCAAUUAAAAGUCUUAAUUAAUUAUAUAUAUAUAU